AUGCACACACAACACAAACUACAACUGCUUUCCAAGGAUCAGAUGAUCAUCAUCAAAAAGCGUCAGAGGGCACCCUCCCCUCCUGCCUUUGCCAACCCUACUUCAACCUCCAUUGAUAGUGCCACAACCUCCUCCUCCACCACCACCACCACCCCAUUUGAAUCAAUAGAAGAAGAACAAGACAUGGUCAAUUGUCUCAUUCUCCUGGCUCAAGGCACACACCACGUGUCACCAGAUCGAAACAUCAACCACAAAAGGUCAACAAACCCUCGAGUCUUCCGGUGCAAGACUUGCAACAAAUGCUUCCCUUCCUUCCAGUCACUUGGAGGACACAGAACCAGCCACAGGAAGCCCAAGCACUACGCCACUCAUGUAGAAGCACUUACUGCUACUUCUGUUAGAGACAGUAUUGAUCUCACCACAACCACCACUCUCUCCUUGAAACCACCAACUAGGGUUAAUGAUUUUACCAUCGCCACCAGAGUUCACCGCUGUUCCACCUGUUAUGCUGAAUUCUCAUCUGGGCAAGCCUUGGGAGGCCACAUGAGGCGCCACAGAAAUGUUGUCAAUGUUUCUUCAGCAACGUCCAUCAGUGGUGAUGCUGGUGGUAGCCUAGAAUACCAUGGACCUAAGAAACCAUUGAAUUUGGACUUGAAUAUUCCUGCACCAGAGGAAGACCAAGGAGAGUCCAGGUUUUCGUUUCUGCAACCACAAAACGUUAUCGUCUUCUCUUCUUCUUUGGUGAACUGCAAUUACUGAAGUUGUUGUCCGUGUUUUUCUAUAAAUUAGCGUCACAGAGAACUAUUAUUCAGUGCUAAUUGAACAUACUUUAUUUUUUAUUUUUGUCUGAAUGUAUAUCGGAUUCUUUCCAUUCAUUCUAUGGCGUAGAUCACCGGCCUAGGAAACGCUGGCUUGAGAGAACAUAAAAUUCUAUGCCAUAGAAUGAAAAUUGAAAAUUCAUUUAUUGGCUGAUAAUAAACAGAUUUAUGUGAUUCAGUUUGAUCUGUUUCACGCUGUUAUUUAUUUUAA